UUUACCGUAAGAUCGGGUCAAGAAAAUUGUCAAAAUUAAAAAUUUUUAAGAAACGUAUUUUUUUACCUCUAUCCAGAAGUCGGAAAUUAGAAAUUUUUACAAGAUUUCAAAUGUUUUUGUUUCAGAAAUUUGAAUCUGUUCUUAAUUUACAUUAGCCAUGACAUUUUAACUGACCUUUUGAUUUUUGGUGCAAAAAGUAAAAUAAUCUUUUUGUCUCCAUGGAUUUAUUGCCGGAACCGGGUGGAGUAGAAGGUACUGUUGAGUUUAAAACUAGUUCCUUCUAUUAUGGUGUAUAUACACCGAAUGACAACAUCGAUGGCCAGCCCAAUGUAUUUGAAGAUAAAGAGUCUGCCUUGAAAUUAGCCAAGAAAAAUAAAAAAUCCAGAUUUAAGGCCUUUCAGUUCUAUCAUGAAGCCGCCGAAUUUUCCCUUAAUGGUUAUGAAUAUCCUAACAACAAUACUACAGUCAAUGGCAUAUUGUUUGAAAAGAAAGAUAAUGUAACUGUGGGUGAAAAGGCAAGUCCCUUUAGAGGCCCUAGACCACAAGAACUGACUGAAUUACGACGAGCAAUUGAAAGUGGCAAUAUUAAUGUGGUUAAGUUUGCGAUAUGGGAUAAUCCUAGAUUGCUUGUUAGUAGUGGAGAUACUCCUUCUAUUCUGCAGGAAGGAGCUAGAUUAAAUGCUCUCCAUGUCGCAGCGAGAAUGAGGAGCACAGCCAUGACUGAAAUUAUUUUAAAUACUGUAACUGAUCCAGAAUUUAUUAAAAGGCUUUAUGGAGAUGACAAUCAACAAAAUGCUGUGGAAAGAUGUAAAAUUCUUUUAGAUUUAUACUUGAAUACCCCAAAUAAAGGCUUCCAUGAAACUCCCUUGCAUAUAGCUUCCAAGUGGGGUGCAGUAGAGGUGUUAGAAAUCUUGGUAUCUUACCCAGAAUGUAAUCUAGAUUUGAAAAAUAAAUAUGGCAAAACAGCAGAGGAGCUUAUCUGUGAGAGACUUGAAGGUCGUUGUGACAAUAAUGUAAAAGAAGACAUAAAAAGGAAAAUUGCAAUGUUACUAAGUGGUAGCUACUAUGUCCCUGUCCUGCGCACCGAAGAUAACACUUUGCCGCCAGUGAUAGGGGAACCAUUUUCUCCAACAACUCCACCUUUGUUAAAUAAGGACCCCUUAAGACCUAGAAUGGAAAUUCACGCGUUUGCGGGACCCAUGGAUAAAAAGGGAGCAGAUAAAUUCAGAAAAAUAUGGAAAACUCCUCCUCGUUCAAAUUUUAGCAGUCCUGGGUUGAAAUCGCCAAUUAAUCACGAGAUGGUUUCAUUAAAGGUGAAAGAUCUGAACAAAGGGCUGGAAAGAAUUGGAAAACAAAUUGCUCAAGAUCUGAACAUUGCUUGGAAGGAGUACUGGUAUUUUUUGGAUAGUUUUGUGGAUAUAGCAUCUGAAGAGGGCCUAACUCUACUGGAAAAAUACCUUUCUGUCAAGCAAGAUGAGUUGCAUGAGUCUUUAAAACUGUCUCCUGUAACAUCUAAAACUGAGAUACUAGUGAGUCCAAUAUCCAACUUAUGUGCCGCUUUUUCGGCUUGCAAAUUGAAUGAUUCGAGUGACAUACUAGAUGAGUCAAGCAAGAAAAUGGACUUCGAUCCUUUAUUUUACGUAGACAAAGCCAGUCAUGUGUUCUCAACUCGCAUUUUAAACAACAUUUCAUUUGCUUUGUGUUGCAAGGAAGAGGAGUAUGAUAAUGCUUUAAAAACAUUGGAAACUGACAUCAAACAAUUGGAACUGCUAAUGAAUAGUUACAUGAGUGACCAUAGGUUUUCAAAUAGUAUUAAUUUUCAGAAAAUUCAUCCAAGAGUGGGCGAUCAAGUUGGACAUAAAUUAUAUUUGAAUGUGAAAGAUACAGAUGGGUCAAUUCUGGUUUAUAAAAUUGAGGACAUAGCUGAAAGUGUUGUGAAGAUGUUAGAUUGUUUUUCGUCAGAUGAUGAAGGACAAUGUCAUGGUCAAGUCAUGGAAAAUAAACCUACCACCUAUAGGCGGCAAUUGAUUUGUUUACUGAGCAGUAUAACUAGUGUGUUAUCUCAAUAUUUAUCACAAAAUAAUAAUGAACAAGAGGAGAAUAACAUAAAACAUAUAUGGGACCAUUUGGAAGAAUGUUCUUGCAUCUAUCACACUAAGAAACCAAAAAAGAACACUUUAUCAAGAAGCAAUAGCUGCAAAAACCAGUCUAGGAACAUGCCUAAGAACGAUUUGCAGAUAGUUUCUAAGAAACUAUUUUUUACCGAAGAUGAGCUAGACAUUAAUAACGAUAAUAACGGUUUUUACUUAAAUGAAAAUUUUGAUCCUGAGUCAUCAGAAGAGGAAUUUUAUACAGCUCCUAAUUCACCAAGCAUGUUAACAGAGUGCAACUCUGACUCAGAAGAUGAUUUCAACGAUACUGAAUUGCCGACGCAGGAACUUUACUUGGAAGGUGAUUAUCCAACACAAACCGACUGCGCCGUUUACAAUGCUUUAAGAUCUGCCCAAUGUGAUAUUGAUAAGAAAAAGUACCCGAACACAUAUAGGUGGCAUCACCAUAUUAAUUUGUUUUCAGAUUCGGAACGACUUAGUUGGCCAAACCCGCGAAAUUCUAAAUCACCCACGCACCUAUCUUUGGUGAAGUCGCCAGACUCUAGCAAAUCAAUACCAAACACCAGCACUCCAACGAAGCCUUCCUGGUUGAGGGUUACUGGAGCCAAUUCUCCAAGGGCUGCUUUUAACAGGCACGAGUCCCACUAGUUAGAAAUUCUUAUGUAGUUUUUUUAAGAUGUCAAAUACAUACUAUGCAACCAGAGAAAGGAAGUCUUAUGACCAACCAAUAGUGUGUUUACUAAUAAUUUCGACUGCAUUUAAUUAUUUUUGUGAUUAGUGUUGAGGAGUAGAGUUUUGUAAACCUAAUAUUUUAAUAUUUUCCAAAAUUUGUUUUGAGUUACGUGUUUUUAUGUUAUUUUAUUUUUAUAAACAAUAGCACCCCAAAGAAACAGUAGAUGCAAAUUUUCAUUCUCCGAAAACUAUUCUUAUCAUGUUUUAUUAAUCAUUGACCAGAGAGCAAAUUUGUCAAGAAAUUCGUAAUCACCCAGAAAUUAAUGACAUUUAAAGUACCCAUUAAGAAGCAAAAUAUUUUAAAUUUUUACGAAAAUUAAACAGGAGGUUAAAUAUACGAAAAUAUACAGCGUUUCUUAGUUUGCAAACUGGGGCCGUCCAUAAAUUAUGUCGCACAUCAGUGCAACGAGAGAGGGGUAAAGUAUUAUUGCCUUAAACUUCACGCUCUUAUUCGUCUCUCUGUAUUCGAAGGUAUGCAUUCAAUUAAAAUGGCUAAAUUUUAGAUUGCAAAAACUGAAAUUAUUGUGAUGUAAUUUAUGAUGCAUAUUAUUUAUAUCAAAUAAGUUGAAUUAUUGGUCAAUUGAUCCUCUUAAGAGAAAGUUUGCGUAUACAAUAACCAAAUAUUAAAUGUUUGACGUCUAAAUAGAAAAUGAAUAUAAAUUUUGUUUCAAGUGUUGGGAUUAUAAAUAUAGAAUUUUUGGUAAUUUGAUUUUAAAAUAAAUUAAUAAUCCGACCCUUUGCAUCCUUGUGCUAUUUGUUUGUGGAUUGCUGUUGUUUCAAUGGCGGUGGUUCGACUGCAGCCUGCGACCAAAUAUUUUUAAAUAUACUAUACAUAAUUUGAUCAGUUCUUCCAAGUCUAAAGCCAACAAUUAAAAAAUUCCCGCAGAAAUUUUGUAGUUUAUUUAUGCAUUUAUUGCAAACUAAACCUAAAAUGAUAGAACAUUUUAUUUUGAAUGUGGCUACUUGGGUACUAAGAUUAUAAUCUUACUUGGGUAAAAGACACUUUUUUUAGGUACCAAAAAAUGUUCAUGGCAAAACGUUAAUGUUGAAAUGUAAUUGGAUCAUAAUUUAUUAAUAACCCCCUGUAUGAGUGACUGUUGAAUUUUUGUUUACAUGAAAUAGUUUAUAAAUUUACAAAUCUUUGCCAAACCUUUUGAUAUAUUAAUAUUAGUUAAUGGGCAGAUUUUUCAAAAAAAUGUAACUUUGAACAAUCCAAUGUACAUAUUAUGUUUUAUCUCAUUAGCUUUGUAAGUUAUUAUUAGUUGUGUUUCAUUUAAAUCAAUUGAUUACUAAAUUUUACUACUGAUUUAGUGUCCGAAUAUGUAAAAGAUCCUUUUGUUAAUUGCACAGCCUAAAUAAAAAUGCUACCAAAAACUACGAUAAGUAAAUCAAGCAAAACAUUUUAAAAUGUGCAAUUUGCUUUAAAAAAAAAGAAACCCAUCUUUUAUUGAUUUAUGAAAUUAACUCGAACAUCUAGUAAUUUGCUCUUUUGAUGGUGGACUUCUGGGUUUUCUAUUUAGCGAGCCCUUUAACUUCAUGGUGGCACUAUUUCUGCUGAUUGAGAAAGCAACCCUUCAAAAUAUUUAUUUGGGCUAUGCAAAAAAUAAAAACCAUAAAACCACUUGCUUUUGGACUUUACUGUAGAUCUUUAAUGUUUUUCAAUAUAUUAAAUUGACAGCCAGCUUUUAAGUUUCAAUGCACUUUUGAAAAUUUUCUGUUUUUUUUAACAAGCUGGUUGUGCCUAGGAAAGAAAAGAAACAUGAUCCAAAUAGCAUAAGAGAUAUAUAUUUUCUUAUUUAUUGCUACUAUUUCUGAAAUAAACCAUA